AAGCCUGUCAGUUACCGCCCACCAAGUAACUCAGCCAGGUGACAGCUGAGUUAGCAGAUACUACCCAGCUGAACUCUGCGCACCAGAACAGACAAGAGAACGUCAUUUGACAGCCCAAAAUACAGUGGAGCACGGUCAGAGAGUUAUGAAGUUUCCGCACUAACUGUGUAUUUGUGUGUACGCAGCUUAAACGCCUCUCUUCCGCUCGUUCCGUCCAGCUAGCAGCGCGAGGAUAUCAUUAACGUUAAGUGUGACGUUACUACAACCGAGGAUCCAACGGCUGCCGCAUUUCUUACCUGGUCACGUUAAGUAUACACCGUCGACAUGUCCGAGCCGACCGGAGAGGCGAAGCUGGAGAUGAAACAAGCGAGCAAAGAGGUGAAAGAGAGCGAAAACGUCGCGGAAAAAUACUCUGCCAUGACCGUGAGCAAGAAUAGCGAAAUGGGCAUGGGAGAGCUGUCCUCUGCGUUCAGUGCCGUGCCCACACACAAGCCAGUGAAGAAGGUAAGAAGGCUGAGCACACUCUGGAACAGCGUGGAUGUGUGUAUUUAGGGUUCAAAAUGCUAUAAAAGGUUGUUUGUGUCUCACCAACUUGUACUUUGCUUUGUUAUGUGCUUACAGCUACAGGUCGACACUUCCGUUGUUUUGAUGGGUGGUUUAAUUUCUUAAGUGCUGAAAUUCUUAAGAACUGUAACGUAGUUUGCUUUUGGAUCGAUGAGAUUUCACAUUUUAAUGCUUGUAAUAAGGUAAAGUCAUAAGAAGCAACUUACACAUGAUUGACUUUAUUAGGUAAUUGCAAUAUUUCGCUCCUUUAUCAUUUUAAGUGUAUAUUUAAAGUUAGUUUUGAUAUAAUAAAGUGGUAGUAGAUCCUCAACAAAAAGCCACAUGUGUCAUAUUACCAUUCAACCAAUCAAUCAGUCAAUCAGUCUUUAUUUAAAUAGCACUUUUCAUACACAACAUUUAGCACAAAGUGCUUUACACAGAAAAAGGAAUACAAGAAACAAAGAAUACCCAAAUCUACCCCAACCCAAGAUUAAAAGAAUACCCAAAUCUACUCCAGCCCACCCCCUCAUUCCCACCCCACGAUCUAAAUGCAUCAGAAACAGUAUUAAAAUGCAUAAACUUGAAAAGGACUUGAUUUCGUGGAAACAGGAAUGUGCGCACUGAGGAAAUGUCUUUUUAAAACUCAAGAUAAGGAAACACUGGAGGUUUAGGUUGAAAUCUAAAAACAAAGAAACAUAGAAUGAAAUUUAAGAAAUAAUAAAUAAAAACCACAGUAAAAGAUACUAAAAUAAGAGCACCAAAAUAGCUGAAUAAAAGAUGACCCUGUCAUUAAAACUAGAAUAGAUAAAUGCUAAAACACUUAAACAAAGUUGAUUAUAUGAAAUUUAGUUAAAAACAAGAGGAAAAAGGUAUGUUUUUAGUUUGCUUUUUAAAUCAUAAAGAUAAGGUGCACUCCUCAGGUCUUCAGGUAAGCUGUUCCAUUGUCUACUUCAGUCUUAAACCUCACAGUUGAGUCCCUUUAAUCAGAAAAACCUGAACUUUUCUUUUUCAUAUUCUCUAAUGGACUUGUGUUUCACUUGAAGUGCUUGAUUUCUCAACCACAUCCAGCUCAAGGAAAUAGAAAUAGUUCCUCCAUGCCACUCAAACAAAAGAAGAGGUUCACUGUCACCUUCAAGGAACAAGGAAGAGUUUCACUCCGAGUCUUUGGGGCUUUAGAAAAAUAUGUUCACUGCUCAUUUUAUCUAGACAAGUGACUUUAGACAGAAUGCAAAGCUUCAACAAGUUAUGAGUCCAUAAAUUAUCUGAGUAAAAGCACUUUUUUGUAUCGUGUUAUACCUUUCUAUAUGUAAUUGCAAGAUGAAAUAAAGAGCUGGGUGUAUGGAUUUACUUGCACACUGUCUCUGUGAAAUGUAAAAUUGAACCCGUCAUCUUAACUCUUAACUAGUCAGCCAUUUUUCCUCAUUGUUGGCUGUUUAUGUCACAUCCUCAUUAUUUAUGGGGGAACUUAAUACUAUAUCAACAAACAGAGUUUAAGAUGUUCUUGUUUUGUGGAAGAGUUUGAAUUUCUUUUUUUUUUUUUACUAUAUCAGCUUUAUUUCAUUUAUCCAUUUUGUGUGCUAAUUACAUGUCAGUGGUCAUUGGAGGCGGAGCCAAACUCAGCUGCCACUGGGCAAAAGGCAGGGUCUGCUGGACAGGUUGCCAUCAUAUGACAGGAUAACUUACAGACAGACAACCAGACAUACUCACAGUUGAGGGCAAUUAAGGGUUACCAAUUAAACCAGACAAGCAUAUUUUUAGACCAAGGGAGGAAGCGGGAAUUCAUGCGUGCAUGAAGAGAACAUGCAACCCCACACAGAAAGGCCCCAGCUGGGAUUCCAACCAGGAACCCUCUUGCUGUGAGGCAACAGUGCUAACAAAAGCACGACUGUACUUUACUGAUUUGUGAAGUUUUUGCUAUCGAGCUUUUUUAUUACAGUGCUAAAACAACAGCAGUUACCAUAUGGUGCAUUACAAUAUAACUGGAAUUUGAUCCUGUUGAAAUAGUAAGCAUAAUUCACACAUCAUUUUAAUGUGAAUUAGCUGAAUUUAUAUUUAAACUUUAGGACUUCUAGCUUUCCAAACCUGGAGUCCAGAAAUUAAAGCCUGAUCAUGAGCACAGACUGAUGUUGUAACUGCUGAGCUCUUCCAUGGUGAAGUAGAGUCAGCUAGAAUAAAUGUGAAAUAAUUUAUGGUGUUUUGUCCCAGGGAAGAGGAGCUACUGAGAACAAGAGCUGACAGAUACUUUAAUUUUCAUGAGGGUUCAAAAUAAGCCUUGGUCUCCUUAAGGAGGAGAAGAAGACUUGCUGUGGCCAUGCAUGAGGUUUAAAGACCUCAGUGAUGCAGGAUCAAAAUUAAGUAUGUGACAUAUGUUAGCUUUUCUUUUAGUGUUAUGUUAAUUAACCAUUAUGUCCCAUUGUUAAUAUUAUAUGGAUUAUUCAGUGACGUUACAAGCUUACAAAUGAUUAUUCACGAAAAUGAGCCCAGGAAUCAUGCUUGAGUGAUGAUUUAUUGUCGACUUUUGUGUAUAUUUGUCGUUGACUCCUAUAAAAUUCAGCAGAGUACACACAAUUGGCCAGGACACUUACAUCAUAAAAAGAGGGGGGGGGGGGCAAAACUUAAAAAAAUAAAAAUAAAGAAAAAGCCGCAAAUAGUUUAUGUCUAAGUAGUCAUAAUACCCAACACAAGACUUCAAAACAAGACCACUAUUAUUCUAUGGGUGACAUCACUGUACUCAUGAUUACUCUGUAUACAAUACAUAGGUCAUGGACAGUAUCUGUCCAUCUUGAGCCCCAUCCCACUUGUUGUGUCCAGGAGAAAAAUAUGUGGCCUUGUCACCUUAAUCACAGGAGCACAGCUUCACAUUGUUCUUUGUUGCCAAGUUCUUUUCAGUGGUAUGUGGAGGAUUUUCAGUACCAGGACUAAACCCAGAAACCCGAGACCUACCACCAGAGUGAUGAGUGUGUCUCUCAUUCAGAGAGAAAGAAAGUGAAGCUGUCAUGACAAAGAACUCAUUUAACUGUGGACUGCGGGCUGUAACUACAUCAAAACAAAUCUUUUUGUACUUUAAUUUUUAUUCAGAAUAUUUGAAUAAUUUAGUUCCCCUAAAGCGGAAAUAUCCAACAAAUCUAUUAAAGGAAAUGUCAAGGAAAACACCUGAGUUGCAGUGGUCUGUUUGUCCAGUUUUCCAUUCCUGGUUCCGCUACACAGCAUGUGAAAAGAUAAAGUUGCAGCACACUUCAGAUUUUCCUUGCUAUCUGGUUUUGCUUGAUGCAUAAAGGUUCCUUGUAAACAACAAAAUCAGAUGAGAGCUGCAAGGGAGAUAAGCUAAGCAGGCAUACAGCUAGCUGCAGACUCAUUAAACAAAUUCAAUACAUGAUGUACACAAUUGACCUGAAUGUGGACGAACUUAUAAUGGGCAGGCGGACAGUAAAAAUAAGCAGAAAUCAAGCUGAAUGACAGCUUGUUGUGACAGAAAACAAUGACAGAAAAAACUAGCAUCAUUGUUGUCAUAGCAUGUAAGCAGUUAGGCAGUAAUCCAUACUAAUAGCAGUGAAGAUUGAUUAAUUGUUCAGACGGGCUGUUAAUUGUAAAACCACAGCAUCCGUAUGACAUUGCAGCACAGUUUGCAGUGAUAUUUUUUACCCAAGGAGAAUUAGAUCAACAGGAAACAGAGGAAAUGAAGGGGGUAAGUUUUUUAGUUUUUAGUUGUCGUAAGCUGAGGGGGCUUUCACAAUUAUUACAGAUGCAUUAGUAAGACAGGACAAUCCCGGAAAUGGAAAAUGGCUUUGGUGGCUUAUUUUUUGAACAUCUGUCUCUCUAGGUGCCCAUAUGUCUGUUUCUCUGUGGCUGGAUAUCUAUUUUGUAAAUACAGAAAUAAAGGUUUCCAUCAUUCGGGCAGAAUCUUUUCCUCUUGAGGGAACAACUUUCACUUUCUUCAUCCAUACUCAGUCCAAACUGAAGUCAUAGAAUUAACAUGUCAAACAGGAUUGAGAUAAAAACAGACUUCCUCCUGUUAUUCCGAGUGCACAGUACCUAGCUGGACAGUAGCGUGAGCUUUUAAUUUAAGCACAGCUUUGCUUUAUGGCUGGGUGUUGUAUCCAGUUGAAAAGACUUCAGUUCAGACCGUUUACAAAACUGCUAAAUGACAGGGUGUGACAUGAGCUUUUUCCUUUUUUUUUAAACAGCAAAUCCAGUUUGUAGAGGACAAGCAGGAGUUCAGCAGGUUCCCCACCAAAGCAGGCCGCCGCUCGCUGUCUCGCUCCAUCUCUCAGUCAUCUACAGACAGCUACAGCUCUGGUAAGAAAGAACGACAGCAAGACAUGGAUGCGCCAGAGUUAAUUUUAACUGCAGCAAGUGUGUGCGUACUGUAUAAGUGCAGUAAUCAGUAUAACAUUCGAGGAUAAGACAGAUGGUGAGUAUGGAGCUCUUAGUUCCUUGGAUCGUUUAUUAAUUUUUUGUCGACUCCACGUGCAAACAAUUUUAUUUCUUUGGCUUUGUUUGCUUUUAGAUACCAUUUGACCCCGGUUUGAUACCUUGCUGCCUUUAGUGGCCUGCGCUUUUUGACUUUGUGUCUUUAACAGCUGCAUCCUACACAGACAGCUCUGACGAUGAGACCUCCCCCCGGGACAAAACUCAGGUUAACUCCAAAGGCAGCAGUGACUUCUGCGUGAAGAACAUCAAACAGGCUGAGUUUGGCAGACGUGAGAUUGAGAUUGCAGAACAAGGUGGGCUACAGCACAGUAAAAGUCACUUCUCCAUUUCACUGAAAUGUUGAUUUAAUAAACCACACGUUAUCUCCUGUCAAAAAUAAAUUUUUUGGGGAUUUGACAUGUCUUAAAAAUAUACCACCUUUUGAAAAGUUACCUCUUUUUAAAUAUCCCUGUGUCAUAACACCUGGUGGCCAGAUGGACCACUUAUCUAGAAAAAUAAACAAUCUAAAAACACAGUAAUCAAGACAAGAAAUGUAUUGAACAAGUUUUUUUGGAAAAUGUAUCAAUUUAGCUAUUUUACUAUUCAGUUGCUGCCAAAUGGGGCAAAAGUCAAGCUUUGUUAGUCCCCUUGUAUCACACUUGCACUGCCUUUCUCACUCAUCCUUUUUCGUGUUUUCUUGAUUUCAGAUAUGUCGGCUCUGAUCUCACUCAGGAAGAGAGCUCAAAGUGAGAAACCACUGGCGGGGGCCAAGAUUGUGGGCUGCACUCACAUCACUGCCCAGACUGCAGUAAGUUCUCCAGAUGAAUGUGUCGUCAUCGCCCAAGCAAAAGUUGCAGUGUGGCCUUGCUUUUUAGUCAGGAUAAGAUUCUUGGUUUGAUUCAUUCUCAUUUUCGCUCCAUGUGCUGUGUUCCAAACAGGAUCUCUUUAUGUCACUUGCUGACUUUUCGGUCACUCAAAUCUAAAAAAGCUUCAGAGCUGUCUCUUAAAACACAUGGCUUUGUUUUUGUGUGCAACUCAUCAUAAAUCCACAAACAGCCAACAUGACUGAGUCCAGUUUAUAACAGAGGAUAAAACAGUGCUGCAGACAGAUCUGGUCGUGUGUAAUCUUCAGUCAUUAACGAGCAGUCUGUUUGUGACCAGCUUCAUUUUAUUUGCUCAUUUUUACAUCAAUUUCCUGCUUCCUUCCGUGUGUGUUCAGGUGCUGAUUGAGACUCUGGUGGCUCUUGGGGCUCAGUGUCGCUGGACUGCAUGUAACAUUUACUCCACACAGAAUGAAGUGGCUGCUGCUCUAUCAGAGACUGGUGAGAAGGAAGAGACCCUUAAAUCCAAGUUUAUGCACUGCUUAUAAAAGAUAUUUAGUAGAUAAGUAAAGUAAAUUUAAUAAUAACAGUUGACCAAAUUGCUGUUCAGUCGAGAAUCACUAACACCAGAUAAGACAAUAAAACACAGGCACAUCAUUCUGAAGUGUAAGGGUUGGCUUUGGUCUUAGCCUUUACUUUGAGACUCCCAUGACUGGUCCGUGGGCCUGGAGGAUCUUGGUGAAACAUGUGCUUAUAAAAAGUCAGAGAGAUAGGUCGGCGAAAGCCCACUGAAAGACAGAAGUCCUCCUCUUACAGGAAAGUUCUGUUUUUUUUUUUUUAAUUAGGUUGUUUGAGAUACUCACUAAUAGCCACUGUACUAUAUACAGCAAAUAACAGUUGGAGUCAUAGCUGGAGUCAUGGUUGCAGUCUAAGCUAAGCUAAGCUAUGCACUAAUGCAGUAGGGCCACUUUAGUUAGCCACUGUUUGAUAUUCUCAAACAAAUAUUAAAGUUUUAGUGACUGCUGUGUGGAUUUGUCCUUCUGUAUUGUAUUUUCAGACAGUGUCUAAAGAACCACAUCUUUCUCUUAUGUUAUGUACAGCUUUAUUUGCUGCCUACAGUACCACAUAACUUGGUUCCCACCAUAGACUGUACAUAAAAUGGACAGAGUCUGCCUCCUCGCUGGUUGAAGCCACUCUGAGAACAGCACCCUCUGUUGACAGGCUGCAGUAUAGGUCAUAAAUCCCCUCUCCGCCAGCAAACCUUAUGGGGCUGUAGACAAAUUUUAGAAAUUUGUUACACAGAACAUACAUUUUUCUCCCCCCGCUGCUUGUGAUGUUGACAUGUAGUUAUAGUAAGACUGGUUUGUGCUCAAGUCAUCUUUUUUUCUGUGAAGCUCAGUUUUUAAAAGUUAUUAGGGGGUUCAAGUUUUCUAUGAUUGACAUCUGAUACAGCCUAUGGGCGUACAGAGAUUGCGUCGCUCACCCAGGGGAUAUGCUGUUUGAGCCGAGCGUCAUCACAGCGACUCUCAGCGACUCUCCCGCCGAGUGCGUACAGUGCUACUGCACAAUGUUGGUUUCAGGAAGUGGAGAAAUAACACGGAAUUACUGAGAGCUUUUUGGCUUCAAAUCCAUAUACUGGUGGGAGGCAGAACCAAGUUGUCCAUAGUAUAUACAGUCUAUGGUUCCCACCAGAGGUCACCUAAUAACCUUGUUACUGAAAUCCACAUCGAUGUAUAGACAGGGACUGCUGGUGCAGCUAAUAAUCUGCGUCUUGAUGUUGUUUUCGAAUCCACCUCUGUUUCUGUUCCUUAAGUUGGUAGCCUGGCUGUGAACAAUAACAACUUAAGGAUAAGACAUUAUGACCAGAAAUCUUUUUAUCGCCAACUGCUGGCUGCAGUCCCGAAAAGUUUCUCAUCACUCCUUGAGGCAUGCAUAGUUGCCAGAUGAUAGCUAAAGGGUGAUGAGAUUGCUAUGCUAUAUAAAGGACUUAAUCUAAGAUAAGAACUGGGCUGAAAACGGUGGAUUGAUCACUGAAUUUAUCCUUCUGUGUAAUUUUAAAUCACUGGCCAUUUCAGUUACAGUGAACUCAAAUUCUUUGACUUUUUCACCUUAAAUCCCACAACUGCUGGUAUAAACUACACUCCAGUUUUGGUGGGUAAAAUCCCGCAUUAAAAUCAGUUUCUAUAGUUACGCACAAACUCAUUAGUGUGAUUUAACAGUAUGCUCAAUGUUCUCUUUUUUUAAAAGGUGUUCUUUGCCAUGUAAGCAUAUUGUGUGUUUCAAAACAGAGGAUUUGUCUGAAAUUGUUUAAUAAACUCUUUAAAAAAUCCACCAUACAGAGACAAUGGAAAGACAUUACAUUUGGCAUUUAGUGCAGAGACAGUGCUACUUGAGCCUUUAUAUCUGUGGUUGCUAUGAAACUGCUUCAAGUAUGUACUAAAUUACCACAGUAGGUCUUUCAUGAUGUGACAAGCUGUGGGGAGUUGUGGGAGAUUUAGGAGUUGCUUAGAAGAGAUCAGGCAUUUUUUCUUUGGGUUGAGUUUGCGUCUUCUGUUUACUGAGAUACCUCUGGGCGUGUUUGUUUUAUCUGGGAAUAAGACAUACCGUACAUUUUUAAUUGUAGUGCUGUCUAGUGUGGGAAAAGUUAUACCAAUUUGUUUAAACUCCCAGUAAUGAUAUCCAUUUCUAAGAAGGCUGCCAAGUUUGGCCUUUCAGUUUUGUGUCCAAAAUAAUGGCGUUCCAUUAAAGUAAAAUAGUGUAAAAUGAUAGCAUUCUUCCAUGUUUUUCAGGAGUGGCCGUGUUUGCUUGGAAGGGGGAGUCUGAGGAUGAUUUCUGGUGGUGCAUUGACCGUUGCGUCAACACUGAGGGUUGGCAGCCUAACAUGGUAAGUGCAAAUGAGACUAUUCAUGACUUCAUGAGACUGUUAGACUAAUUUUGUGAACAAUAUAGACACUACAAUGGGCAAUACAAUGUGUCAGUUUACUAACACUGAGACACAAAAGAAGAAGUUUUAAUUUGUUCUCCUGUGUUUAAGAUUCUUGACGAUGGAGGGGACUUGACACACUGGAUGUACAAGAAGUACCCUAAUGUGUUCAAGAAGAUCCGGGGUAUUGUGGAGGAGAGCGUCACUGGAGUACACAGGUGAUUUAUGCUGCAUAGAUUUACACCUCCAGUUCUCCUGUGGCACCACCCACUCAUGAAAUGAAAAGCUUGUACAUCAUUUUCACUCUCUCCUCCCUACAGAUUAUAUCAGUUGUCCAAAGCUGGCAAACUGUGUGUACCUGCCAUGAACGUGAACGACUCUGUGACAAAGCAGAAGUUUGACAACCUGUACUGCUGCAGAGAGUCCAUCCUGGAUGGGUGAGUGAGGAUAGGCUUGGUGAAAUGGUCUAAAAUUUUUCUUAUGAAAUUGUUUCUAUACUCUUUACAGAUAAUGACUUCCUUUUGUAUCAUUCUUUAUCCAUAAAAAUAAAGUGUUUUGUUCCAGGUAAGACAGGUAGAAAAAUUGACAUCCACAGAAAAACAAAUAAUUAUUUAGCAAAUGUUGAAUUUUUGUUACGUGGGGAAAAUUUGCUUCUUUAAUUUCACUGUACAUAUGUCAACCUAAAAUUGCUGGAUUCUGUAUCAUUCAGACAGUCUGUGUAUGAAUGACCAUUAAUACGCAGACUGGAAUUUUUUCACCUUAACGAGUUUUACCAAUUUAAUGUCUCAAACUCCCUCAGCUUGAAGAGAACUACAGAUGUCAUGUUUGGAGGCAAACAGGUUGUCGUAUGUGGGUAUGGCGAGGUGAGAACCUGUUUUUCAAAUUAACUUUUUGCGGCUAUGUUAACCUAGUAGCUUUGAAAACAUUCAUAGGGAGUCAUUGCAUUCACACACAAUACAUAGACGAUGUGCAAGAACAUCAGUAGCUGCCAUAACAAAAUUAGCAGAAUUGAUUUUAAAUAAUCAAAGUUUGUACUAUGCACUCGGAUUGGAAGACUAAUUUUCAAAAGCCAAAGAUUUCCUGUUGAGAUGUUUUAUCUGAAUGAAAACUGGCAUAUGUAACUUUGCUGCUCAUACAAUGAUAAAAUAAAUUCUCAUCUUUGCAGGUUGGGAAAGGGUGUUGUGCAGCUCUGAAAGCUCUGGGAGCCAUUGUCUAUGUUACAGAAAUUGAUCCCAUCUGUGCCCUGCAGGCCUGGUGAGAAAAACCCACACCAGGGAAUAACUCCACUCUGAAUGUAUUGAAUGUGAAAGCAUGUGAACUGGAAAGACAGCAGUGUGGCUAACAUCGCACUAAGAGCUGUCUUAAUUAUUAACUUUGAGAUGACUUAUUUUUAGCUUCAACUCAAAUGCACUGCAUGGACUUAGCAGGGAGUCCAGCCCUGUAACCCCAGUUGUUUGUCAAAAUCAGAGAUUUUCUGGUUUGUUACUGUCCUUAUGGCUGAAUGCUGGACCUCUGUUUCCUCCUUUGUUCUGACAGCAUGGAUGGAUUCAGGGUGGUAAAGCUGAACGAGGUCAUUCGUCAGGUUGAUGUCAUCAUCACAUGCACAGGUAACUCCAUGUAAAACCAUUAUGAUGUCCCUGCUCAUUAAAGUGUAAUUGCAGUCUUUAUAUAACUGUUCAUGUAUGGUAUAAUGAAUAUCUUAAAGGUGGGGUAGGCAAGGAUCCGUUAAAGAAGCAUCUUUUUUGUGGUUUAUAGACAAAAAAGCUUUAAAUAUCAGUCAAUAGCUAUUAGUUAUUGAUGACGUUUGGUAAUAUAACGAUAUUGCUGUGUUUAGUUAUGUCUGUGUAGUCAACAUUUAAAAUUUUUUGAGCACUCCGCUCUUUCUUAAUGUAAACAAAGCUGUUCUCCGCCUUCCCCAACCUGAUUGGUUGUGAGGCAGACGCUGCUCCCCCGUGUCGUUCAGGAGCCCAAACAAAGUUAGCGUGCUACAAUAUCGGACAGUAGAGACCAACCAGGAAGUACAGAAAAUUGUCUGAAUCCUCCUUUGGCCACGACCGCCAACACAAGCAAGAAAACGAAGUAAAUACCGGAGACUGUGGCGGAAUAACAGGCGCUUAAAACGGAGGUAGACCACUCGGACAAGAGCUAAAAAAGCCGGGUUAACAAUGAUGGGGGACGCUUUGGGAUCUUACAGACCCUGUAACCUUUAUGCUGGACAGGUGAACUGCUUUAACAAAGUAAGCCAAGUGUCUGUAACAGAAGUGUUUCUUGUCAAACGGGACCUGCUGUAUGUUGUAGCGCCGCUAAACUGUUUACCUCGUCCUGGACUACGUCACUUUAUCUUAGUUGUAGAAGUCCUGCAAACAUUGUGUUUGCUGGUAGUCUGUUGGCAUCUACAGUAGCACCAAUGCUUUUUACUUUCACGUUGAUUGGGCCCCAUUUGUAAUUCUCUGGAGUAUUUUUCUGCAGUAUAUCUGAAUUAAAUUGGAGCGAUACGAGCGAGCGGGAACGUCUGUUUGUGGGCGGGGCUUGCUGGAGCAGAGAGGGAGGGGAGAGGAGGAGCUGAGGGGAAAACUGGUUGGGAGGGGUAGAGUUUACAUUCAAGAUUUCUCCCAAAAACUGGCACUUCCUCAGAUCCUGCCCACCCCACCUUUAAGUUUAGGUUCUUUAGACGUCUCUGCUAGUUAUGACUUGUGUGAUAGAUGAUGUCCAGUAUACUGACUGCUCCGAAACAACUGUGUUUUUUAGGGAACAAAAAUGUGGUGACUAGAGACCAGUUGGACAGAAUGAAAAAUGGCUCCAUUGUGUGCAACAUGGGACACUCCAAUACUGAAAUUGAUGUGGUAUACCAGCAUAUUUAAGAUUCCUUUAUUUAUACCAUACAUUCAAACAGCGACCAAAGGUCAGUCAUGUAUUUUUAAGUAUUAUAAAUAGCCAUAACUUGAGAGAUUUCCUCAUCUCUAACAGGCAAGUCUUCGGACCCCAGAGUUGACCUGGGAGAGAGUGCGCUCUCAGGUGGACCAUGUCAUUUGGCCUGAUGGCAAGAGGGUCAUCCUUCUGGCUGAGGUAGCUGGCCAUAUUUGUUUGACUCACAACCAUUUGUGUUGAAGAUAAAAAAUAAUAAAAAAUUCCUUUACUUUAUGAUAUAUAAUUGUCAAGAUUUAUUUUCAAAGUAAGAAGUAACUUUAUCACUUAACUGCUUGUAGCAACAUUGCCAUAUGCAAGAUGCCAUUUUGUUGUAACAGAGAUACUCAUACCCCAUUGCGUCUUUAAGCUUUUUCUCAUUCUUACAAGAUGUUUUCCUCCACAGGGACGUCUCCUUAACCUCAGCUGCUCCACUGUCCCCACAUUUGUCUUGUCCAUCACAGCCACAACUCAGGUAACAUGUACAUACCACCAGCCUACAGUGAUUAACACAGAUGUAUACAGGUCACGUGCCACACUCUUUAGUUAGACCACAGUGUGUUACUGUUUUAAUCACUAUCCUUAACCCAUGUUUUUCAGGCUCUGGCACUCAUAGAGUUGUACAACGCUCCCGAGGGACGUUACAAGCAGGAUGUUUACUUGCUCCCCAAAAAGAUGGGUAAGUUGUUCAUGCCAGGGCUUUGGAGCUGGUGUAAACACAUUUCUUGUUGAAAUCAAAAAUCACAAACCCUGACUGGUUUCUACUUCAGUCUUAGAUCUCUCUGCACAGUUGUAUCCAGCUGACAUAUUUUUGAUUUUCUGUGUUGACUCUUGUGUAAGUAUUCCUUUCUAACCAAAUCAUGCCUGUGUAUUUCAGAUGAGUAUGUCGCCAGUCUACAUCUUGCCACUUUUGACGCCCACCUGACGGAGCUCUCUGAUGAGCAGGCAAAAUACCUGGGCCUGAAUAAGAACGGUCCUUUUAAACCCAACUAUUACAGGUACAACCAUAAAAGUGUUUACUACAGAAUACAAAAGGAUAGCUGUGCAACUUUAAAUUAUAAUCUGUAUUUUCCUGUAUUUUACAAUCAAAUGUUCAGACUAUAAAUGAUGUGUAAAAGUGCCAGUUUACAGUCCAGUGUCCAAAAUAUUCAGUUUGCAUGCAUUUUCAAUGAAAAUUACAGCUAAAGUGUAACAUAUGACUCAUUGCUUUCACUAGGCGUUUGAUAUUUUGUACUCUUUACCUGAUUUCUUUAAGAUGGAUCACAGGCACAGAAAUAUGCACACAGGGGCUUUACAUAAAGUUGUUAAAAUUUUACCUUAAGAGAUGUCCUAGUUUAACCUUUUUGUUUGUGUUUGCAGGUAUUAGUCUGCAGGUGAUUCAUAUCUCAGAUGUGAACAGUACCCAACACGAUCUUUAUCUCCCAGACAAAUGAAGAAUUUAUGUAUAUUGUAUUUUAUAUUUUUCAUGGGGUUCACAGCUUCUUUUAAUUGUAUUUUACUGGCCUCAGUAAGUUUCGCUGCACUUCCUACUUCCUGUGGGACAGCACAGGACACCUCACUGAAAACUCUGUGUAUCCACAGCACUUAAAUCUGCUUUAAAAUUUGAGUUUAUAUUUCUUUUUCCAUGAAAUUUUGGCUCCUUUUAACAGUUCUUUAUAAUACUGAGUAAUAUAUAAAUGUUUGGUGCCAAAUGACUGUGACUAGUAAGGGUUUAAGCUUUUGUGAAAUGUUCAUCUUGAAAUUAUGAGACUCUAAAUCAUGUAAUCCCUCUCCCAAUGUAAUGCGAUGUAAAGGGUCCCUUGAGGUUUUUGUCCACACUAAACUCCCUUGGGUCCCUCACCAACUUCUCUUUUAAAAACAUUGGGAACAGUCUCCACAAAAAACUUGGACAUGUCUGACAUGCCAAUUUAUAAACAAGAAUCAAAAUCCAAUAUGAACUAUUUGAUUUAUGUCCAAAUGUUUUUAAGGAGUUGGUGGACCAAAUUUUGUCAUAUUUGGAUAUAAAAAGUUGGUAAUUUUGGAUGUUAAUUGAUCAGAUGACCAGAAAUUUUACUCCAAUUGGAUGUGACUUUGUGUAUGCUGGAUGUUUAAGUAAGCAACUGUUUGCUUACAAAUGAGCCAUAAAAAUGUGAUACUCUGGGUUAAUCCAGACUGUGUUUCUGAGAGCUUUGUUUGAUUUAAUCCUGCCCAGUAAUGGUCAGGAUCACUUAAUGCAGCUUCAGUGUUUUCUGCUCGCUUUGGUCUGGAAGCGCUCCUUUACUUCACACAUUCCAUCCACGGUAUACAGAAAAAGUGUUUUCUGUAGUCACAUCCAAAUCACUGCGAGCAAAUCUGGACGAAAGGUUUAAGUACUAUUUAAGCGAGGCAAGUUUAAGAAGGGAGCUCUCCAUCUGUUUCUUUAAAAGUUGAGUCCGUUAAUGAGGUUUUUGGUGUCUUGUAAGACUGAUAUCUGCACCUCAGGGCAUUCAAAUAUCUAAAAUUGUUUGUAAAUAUAUUUUUAACAGUUUCGUACUCUAUCAGUACUCAGUCUCAGCAUCACUGUCAUGAUUUCGCUACCACAGAACUAUAAAAACUAGAGAUUUUUAUACUCAGUGAUCCAAAUAAUCUGUACAUGAACUGAAGCUAUGUAUAAUCUGUGCAAAGACAUGAUCAGUUACACAUUACCUGUGAAACAGUGUUACAUACAGUACAGUCAUGCUGUAUGUUUCUCUAAGAAGCUGAUGUCAUAUCAUGUGAGGAUGGCUGUUUCCUACAGGAGAAUUUUAGGCCUAAAGAUGACUUAUUCUUUAUUCCUGCCAGCACAUUUACCAUAGAAGAUGUUGUUGAUUUAUCAUCUGUGUCAUAAUACAGAAUUUUAAUAGCUUUGUUUUUCAUUUCCUGGUGUUUUUUAUUGUUCAAAAGGCUUAAGAACUGUUUUGUUAGGCUUGCUAUAUGCACAAGCUUAUUAUGCCACUUUUACUUCUCUAAGAUUAGCUGUAAAAUAUUUUUAGAGCCAUAAAAUCUGCAGGUAGUAGCUGUGGUCUGAGGAUCUGAUUCACAUCAAACAACUCAGAGUAUUACUCUCCCUCCAAACUAUUGGCAUGUUAUUCCCUUGUAUAGUAUUGCUUCACAUGUAUUCAAUGUUGUGUCACUUAAGUAACAACUUAAAUUUCAUCUGCAGAAUAACAACCAAUCCAUUGAAUUAUUUUCCCAUUCAUACACACUUGCUGUUUAACUGUAUAGCAGCCUUAAGUGCUAUCAUGAAAGGUUUUUAUCUGUACACUAGCAGAUUUGGGAGCCUUACAGCCAAGGACAUUAUGUGAGAACAUCAUUCUCAGCUAAAUAAGCACCGUAACCAUGGUAACUGGUCAGUUGACAGUGCCUUGUGACUCACCUAGUGUUUUACGUGUAUUCACAUGUGCAACUGUGCUUUUCACCAACUAUCUUAAUGCCAAUAGUGGAUGUUAUUCUGCAUUUUACCAUUAAUGUUACAGCUAUGCAGCAAAGUACACUCAGUUUUCUUGUCAACAGUGUUUCACAAAUGCGAUUUGGAAAGUUGUGAAAUCAGUUUUUCACAGCAUUUGAAAAUAGAUGCACUGAUAUAAAAUGACUAACAGUUUAAGACACACGUUGGCAAUGUGAAACAUCACAGGUAUAGAUGAUUUAUUUCACUCGUGUCUGUAGAUGUUUUUCUCCUUAGACAAUCUAACGCCUAAGUUACUUACUAAGUCUUUUGUAAUGGCACUUGCCUUGCUUUUUAUGAUGAGUCCCUCUAAUUUUAAACAAUAAUAGUCCCCCAACCCUGGUUUUAUCUUUAUGAGACAAAUGAAUGUGUAAUUAUUGAAGCAGAUGGCUUUUAUCUGGUGUAAUUAGAAUAAAUAUACCACUGUGACAUUACUGCUGUUCACUGUUGCUAGUUUGAAAUUUUUGAUGUGGAGGUCAUUUCUGUAAAUGAUGUAUCGGUUAUAAAGUUGGCUUAUAUUUUCAACACUGUAUCUGUACUUUAGUUGGAAGAUCACAAAUUCAGCAGUAUACUCCCUGUUUAAAAACCUGUGCACACAUCCCUUUAAUAAAUUGCUGUUGAAAACUGAA